AUGAUUGAAGACCUCUUGGCGGGCAUGACGCCGGCAAAGGCGUUACUGUGGACAUUCGGCGUCUUUGUGGUCGUCUUGACUUUCCGCAAACUGCAAGCAGCAGCUCAGAUCUCCCGUCUCGGAGCUCGUGCUCCCAAAAUCUCCUUCCAGCUUCCCUACGCUCUCGAUUUCAUCUACAAAGGUCACCAAGCCAACCUUGUGAACAAGGAUGUUGAAUUCUGGGCCCAAUCCAUCGCUACCGCCGGAGGAAGCCGCGAUUGUAAGACGGCCGAGCUCGAUGCCGGCAUCUCCACUCGCAUCGUUCUGACCAAGGACCCGGAGAAUAUCAAAGCCCUUCUGACCGGCCAAUUCGCCGACUACGGCAAAGGUGAGCCCUUCCAUAAGGAAUGGAAGGAGUUCCUGGGCGACAGUAUCUUCGCCACGGACGGGGAGCUGUGGUCUCGCUCCCGCCAGCUGAUCCGGCCCAUGUUCGCUCGCGAGCGAAUUGUCGAUACGGAGGUCUUUGAGAAGCACGUGCAGAAGCUCCUCCCGCUCCUCGGUGGUAGCAAUUCGCCCAACGGUAGCCGUGUCGUCGAUGUUGGCUCGCUCUUCUUUCGGUAUACCCUCGAUGCCGCGACGGACUACCUGCUGGGUCAAGGAACCGACAGUCUGGAGAAUCCUGCGACACGAUUUGCCGAAGCUUUCAGAUAUGUGCAACAGCGACAGGCCGAGCUUUUCCGUUUCGGGGUCUUCAGCGCCUUCAUGUCCCGCACCGAAUUCCGCCGCAAUCUGAAAAUUAUGGACGAGUUCAUCCAACCCUACAUCGAAACCGUCCUCUCUCUAUCCUCCGACGAGCUCGAACAAAAGCUCUCCAAGCGCGAAACCUUCCUCGACGCCCUCGCCCGAUUCACCCGCGACAGACAAGUCCUCCGUGACCAACUAGUCGCCGUCCUCCUCGCAGGCCGAGACACAACCGCCGGAACGCUCUCCUUCUGCCUCUUCGAACUCUCCCGCCACCCCGAAGUCGUCGCGAAACUCCGCGAAGAAAUCCGCUCCCGCCUCGGCGUCGGCGCCGACGGCCAAAAGCCCUCCUACCAAGACCUGAAAGAAAUGAAAUUCCUCAGCGCCGUAAUCAACGAAACAAUGCGAGUUUACCCCGUCGUCCCAUUUAACGUCCGCUACUCCCUCCACGACACAACCCUCCCCCGAGGUGGCGGCCCAGACGGCCGCGAGCCCGUCGGUGUUCGCGCCAACUCACGGGUUAUCUACUCGACGAUGCUGAUGCAGCGUGAUCCUGACCUGUACGAUGGACCGGAUUCGAAGAACUAUUUCGAUCCCGGCAAGUGGAUCCCCGAGCGCUGGGUUUCGGGCUGGCAGCCGCGCCCGUGGCAGUUCAUUCCUUUCAAUGGUGGCCCCCGCAUCUGCAUUGGACAACAAUUCGCCACUAUUGAGAUGGGAUACACUAUCAUUCGGAUCCUGCAGGCGUAUGAGCGCAUUGUUGCGUUGCCGGUUAGUGGGAAGGAGAAGGUUGAGGACCCGAUUUUGCGAUUCGAGGUCACGCUGAGCCCUGGAUCGGAGUUGAACUGCGUUUUCGUGAAGGAGGGUGAAGACUAUGCGCGAAGUGCGUCGAGAGCGCAGGCUGCGUAA